GGCUGCGUGUCUUUCUCAUCCCUCAUCUUCUGACCACCGCCAGAGACCAGCCCACGCCUCGUCCGGGUUCCUCAGCCCAUGGUUGCGGCGUCCGGUGUGAAGGUGAAUGUCCAUGCCCGGAUACACAGUACAAAGGACUGUGUUAUUGGGAGCCAACAUCCACGUGACCUCUAAACUUAGACUGUGUACUCCGUACUCCGUACUUCACCAAAGAAACGGGGCAUCCAAGAAUAGCGGCCAGUGGUGUGGCGUGGACGGCACGACGCCUCACAAUGGCAGAUCGUCUCCAGAGUCCAGUCAUGGCAAACCGUCGGGAGACACCCACCCAUGUGGAACGGAACACCGGCACCCAAGUCUUUUCACCAUUUUGUGCUCCGCAUGGGAUUCCUCUGCUAUAUCUCCUUUUGCAUAUACCACCAGCCCCUACGCUGGCAGUGGAACCGUGUCCUCUAUUGGAGACUCGAGACUAAUUAUCGGUUCGAGAAACAUUAUUGAUGGACUUUGGAUGAAACUCUUUGAACUCAUGGACGAGUAAUGUAUGCGCUUCCGCGUCAGCGCCAAGCCCAUAACCCGAGGGGCGCGCAUGGCGAACGGGAUAUCAUGGCAGGUGGAUCAUCAUCUGUGAGUAAUAAAUUGAGUAGUCGAAGGGGAAGUGUGAGGAAA